AGAAGGGGUGCGCCCCCUGCCGCGUCCCACCGAGCGUGCCAUGCCCUCUGUCCUUUCGGCCAGCCGCGCGCUCAAGGCGACCUCGAAGCUGCGCACGGCCACUAAGCACGCCGGCCGCAAACGCGACAAGUACUCGUUUGAAGCGACCGGCAUCUCGGUCGCCGGCCUGCCGGACCGCCCGCUCGACAGCGGCUGCCAGGAGCUGGUGGUGCAGCUGGCGCGGGGGCCAAAGAUUGCGAGCUGCUCCGUGGACGUCCCUGGCGGCCACCCCGCCGGCGGCGCCGUCAGCUGGGGCGAGCAGAAGCUCACGUUUGUCGCGACGCUCUACUCUUCCAAGACGGGCAAGGACUUUUCAGACAAGCGGUACCGCGCGUCGCUGCUGGCGGCGAAGCCGGUCGACCGGGGCGGGAAGCGGCAGCUGCGCGAGGUGGGGCACGUCGACUUCAACCUGAGCGACUUCGCCAACUCGGCCACGCCCCGCCGGCUGCAGCUCGAGGUUCCCCUCUCAAAGCGCGUCAAGGGCGGGGGCGGCCCGGUCCGGCUGGUGCUACACCUGAGCGCGGCGCACCUGGGGACAGCGGACGAGGACGACGACGACGAGUCCAUCUCGUCGGCGCUCUCGGGCUUCACCGACGCCUCCUCGCGCUACACCGCCUCGGAGGCCCCCUCGGAGGGGACCCUCGAGCAGGACCUGUCUGGGUUUGGGGAGGAGGCGGGAGAGCUCGCAGAGCCGAGCGGCAAGUCGACGGGCCUCUCUGCGGCGGAGGCGAUCGCGGCCGCGCGCUCGAGUCGCAGGCCCGCCGCGGCGCCGCCCCGAGAGACGCCGCCGCCGCGGCCGACGAGCGAGCGGCCGAGGUCGAUGGCGGCUCUCUCGGCGGCAGAGGAGCCGGCGGCGGCGGCCGGCGCCGCGAACCCGUUUGGGGAGCCCGACCCGCCCGCGGGGGAGGGGGCGGGCGGCGGCGACGCUGGGAACCCCUUCGCCUCUCCGGACGACGACGCCCGCUCCGACUCGAGCCUCGCUUCGGCGGCGGCGGCGGAUGCGCUCUUUGACCGAAAGGAGGAGGACACCGAGGACGAGGAGGAGGCGGCCAAGCCUCCGCCGCGGCUGGCGGCGGCGACGCGCACCGCGAGCGGCGGCGACCCGGGCGCGUCGGUGCGCGAGCGCAUGGCCGCCUUUCGGACCGCCGCCGCCGCCUCGAGCGCUUCGAGUGCUCUCGAGCGCAAAGUGGCGGCGCGCGGCGGCGGCGGCGCUGCGGGCGGGAGGAGCACGUCUGAGAAGCUGGCGCAGAUCCGGCAGCUGCAGGGCAUGCGCGAUGGGCUCGAGUCGCGCCUCGAGUCGAUCAAGACCAGGAAGGAGGGCGGCGGCCUCGCCGCUGCCGGAGAACGCGUCGUCAAGACGACCUCCUUCGCUCGCACCGCGCGCGGCGCUGCCGCCGCAAGCGGCAGCGCGUCCGCGGCGGGCGGCGCGGCGGGCGGCGCAGCGCCCGCGGCGGCGCCCGCGGCGGGCCCGCCUCCCACGCCACCGCUGCCGCCGGCUGCGGCCGCGGAGGCCGAGACCGUCACCAGGGUAGCCAGCAGCGAGGAGUCUCUGCCCCGCCCUAAGAGGCGCGACGCGGAGCCGGCCGCCGCCGCCGCCGCCGCUGCGGCCGCUGCCGCCGCUGCCGCCGCCGCCGCUGGCGGCGGCGGCGGCGGCGUGGAGCAGCAGCAGCAGCUCAUCUCAAUGAAGGCGCAGCUCGAGGCGGCGCGCGGCGAGGCGGACGCGGCGCGCGCAGAGGCGGAGGCGCUGCGCGCGGAGAGCCGGGCGGCCAUCGAGGAGCGGGACGCGCUGCGGCGGGCGAUGGAGGCGGAUUCGGACGACGAGGAGGGGAGCGACGCGGCGCACAGCGCGGAGGUGUCGGCGCUGCGCGGCCAAGCGGAGGCGCUGCAGGCGCAGCUCGAUGCCGUCUCCGCCGCGGAGAAGGGUGCGGCCGUGAGGAACCGGCUUCUGGAGGAGGAGCUGGCGCAGGCGCGGCGGCAGGCGGCGGCGGCGGUGCGCGGCGGCGCGGCGGCGGCCGACGGCGCGGCUGAGCUCGAGGCGCUCGAGGAGGAGCACGCUGAGAUGGCCCUCCAGCUGGUGGAGGCCAAGCUGGCGGCGGCGGAGGCGGCCUUCGAGCGUGAUGAGAUGGGCGCGCGCGCAAACAAGGCGCGUCGGGGCGGUCGGUCGGUCGCCGAGCAGCUGACGGCGCUCGAGGUGCGUUACGAGGACUUGCGACGGCAGUACGAGUCGGACAUGCGCAAGAUGAUCGACCUUAAGCUGCAGUGCGCCGAGGCGGUUUCGCGCGCGUCGGACCUGGAGGAGGCGCUGCAGAAGCGGCGGUAGAGCGGAUUAGCGGAAGCGGCGCACACGCCCCCGCAUGCGAAGUGUCUCUCUCUGUCUGUGUGCGGGAGCGGGUGAUCUUGGUCUUGGCGGAAGUGGUGGUUGGCCGACGCGACUGGGAGUACAAACACAUGAAUACGUGUGGUGGGUAGACAUGGUUUAAGUUCGAGGGAUGUUGGAAGAGUGCCGUCAGUGGCUGCAAAGGUCGCGUAUGUAGAGACUAUGGAAGUUC